AUUCUUGUUCUGGUUUGUACCUAAAUACACUGUAAUAAUAUAUAAGUAAAUACUUAUAUGAGAUUGCAUUUUACUACGACGCAAUCUACAAAGAAACUGGUUUCAAAUUUGAGUCGGUGCAUCUUAAGUAAUAUACAGUUUGUGAUCAUGCACCUGUUACAAAAUGUCUGUAACCUCAUAAGAGUGAUUAUUAUUUUGUAAAGGUUAAAGUUCAAUAAUAUUUAAUAUAAUAGAAACUUAAUAGUCUUACUUUAUUCUCAUGGAUUUGGAAAGUAGACGAAAGAGUUCUGACAAGAGUUUUGACACAGACGACGAUUCUGAUUAUGCUAUGAUAAAACGAAUUAAAAUGGAACCAGAAGCUAUAUUAUCCCAAGAAGAUGAUAUAAUGGCCCAAUUACAACAAGAAAGUUCUGAUUUAGAAGUAGAACCAAGUUUUGCAUUAGAAGGCUCUGCAAAUGGAGAAGAUUGCAAUGAAGGUGUUCUAAUGCAACAUAUGGAUAUCAGAGAGCCUCUUUCUACCUUACGAAAUUUAUUAGAACAAAGAUUAGGAGUAGAAUUGACAGAUUAUGCUUUUUGGUUGCAAGAUACGCAAAUGCUAGAGAGUCAUAAAAAUUUAGUUGAUCAAUGUGUACAAGGGGAAGGAUUAGUUCAAGUAAAUGUUCAGAUAAAAGCAACACAGAGGAAAAUAAAUAUAGUGGAUGUUUUAAAACCUGCAGAAGAUUAUAUAGAAUUAGCAGAAAAUAAUGCAUCUACACCUAUUAAUGAAGAUAGUAAACGAAAUGUUAUAAGAUGGUUGGUUGAUCCACAAUAUAAAAAAGAACAGGAACGGUUAAAAAUUCCAGCUGAUCCAAAAGAAUGGACACAGACUCAUGUUAAACACUGGCUUCAGUGGGCAGUUAGACAGUUUAAUUUGGCAUCAGUAAGAUUAGCUGAUUGGAACAUCACAGGUCAACAAUUGUGUAAUCUCACUAUGGAAGAAUUUCAAGCUAAAGUACCUCUGGAUCCAGGAGAAGUAUUUUGGACGCAUUUAGAAUUACUUCGAAAAUGUAAAUUUGUUGCUGUCCUUCAGAAAGAUCCUCCAGUGUCACCUACAGAAAAUAAUGUUGAUAAAACUAUUAAAGUUCGCAAUCAGAAAAUUACAAAAUCACGACCAGUGGUGAACCAACAAGCUCGAGUAGUCAGUGUUCCUUUGGAGAACAUUGAUGCCACGCCUAUUACUAUAGCAACUUCGAGUCGUUCAGUUAAUAGUGGUCAAAUACAGUUAUGGCAAUUCUUGUUGGAAUUAUUAACGGAUCGUGAGCAUAGAAGUGCUAUUCAAUGGGUUGGGACAGAAGGAGAAUUUAAGUUAAAUCAACCAGAAGCAGUGGCGCAACUUUGGGGUGCACGUAAAAAUAAACCAUCAAUGAAUUACGAGAAAUUAAGUCGCGCAUUGCGUUAUUACUAUGAUGGAGACAUGAUUUCCAAAGUACAUGGGAAACGAUUUGUGUAUAAAUUUGUAUGUGAUUUAAAACAGGUCUUAGGUUACUCAGCAGCAGAGUUAAGUAGAUUGGUAGAAGAGGGCGCAAGAUAUUUCUGAUGAUAUGCUAUUUUUUUAUGGUUACAACGAUUUUUAUCAUCGUACUUCCGACAUAUUUUACAUCGAUCAUUGUACAUAUUUAAUAGAAGAUAAAAGAAAAUCGAAAAUUGAUUAUUGUUGAGACAAUCUAAUUGUACAUCGAAAUACAAAAAUUAAUAUAAUGAUUAAUAUUAAAA